UUUUAAUCCUACAGGAUUGCCAAGAGGCAACACAGAAAAUUCUCUGCUGCUUUUGUUCCAAAGACUUUGGGGUUAACAGAAAGAAACAUUGCCAGCUGCAUAAUGGCUGAGCUUCCCCAUUUCCAACUUUGCAGUGAGGCAAGGAAAGUGUGUCAGAUACCUUGGAGUUAAUGUUUAUCUCUUUCCUUCUAAUAGCAUCAUACAUAAAUACUGUUAUGUGUUCCAGGUUGCAUCUACUGUAUUUACAGUGAGAGCUCAACAUUCAUAUUGCUUUGUAGAAUCUGCCCUUUAAUGGAAUUUAUGCAGUUGUGAUCUGUGAUUGCUGUUUCCUAAAGAAAGCAGCAAGGGUGAAAUCACACAGAUGAGAGCCUCACUGUUCCUGAAACAGAGGCCUUUUUUUUCCCUGAACAGACCCCUCCUGUGUCAGCUCUCUUGCAGCCCGUGCAGCUGCAGCUCUCUCUUGCAUGAGCCACAGACAAGAGAAGUCCUUAUUCUGAAUGAAGGCAGCAUUUCCUUUGCUCCCCAGAGGGUCAGAACUCGAAUGUGAAAGGUCUUGUUUGUUGAUUAAAUUUGCCGUAUGCAAUGGAGAAGCCUUGUGUCUGUGCAAGGGGGAGAACAUGUUUCUGGAUCAGUCGGUGGUCAGACAGCUACUAGUUAGCUCUGAGUGUUUCCAUUCUGUAAGGCAGAGGUUUGAGAGAAGGAUUUCUGCAUUCGUUUCUGAUAUAAACCUAUUGAUUGGACUUGAUGAUCUUUGAGGUCUUUUCCAAUCAUAAUAAUUCCAUGAUUCUAUACCAGACCAGUGUUUUCUGUGGGUCUCUCUUAUUAAGACAUCCUCUCUGCGUGAGGACCAGGCAACAUAACCCUUAGACUCACACCCAUUGUUACAGGUGAGACCGAAAAACAGCUUUUUUGGUAAAUGUAAUUUCCUCUUACAUUGGCUCAGCAGCCUGCUUACUUGCCAACACUUGGAACUUCUUGAGAAACAUGAGCAUAAAAGGCCCAAAUACAAAAAAGAAAAGCAGCCUGCUUCAGGCUGCUUGACCUGCCCCAAAACCUUGGCCCUAGCAGUGGUUUACUGAGGCAUGGCCUGCAAAGGGCCUUUAUUUCUGUGUUCCUUGUCGUUUGUAUCAAGUCAGUGUUUUCUAAUGUGGGUUCUUUUCUAUUUCUUAAAGGCAGUAGUAGCUGUUGGAAGUGCCAGAUUUCCUUUCUCAGUUCACCCCUUGGACAAUUAUUUAGCGAUCAACUAUCACAAAACGUGACCUUUGCCAUCACCUCAGGAAACCCCUCUGCGAGGGCCAGCGACUUCUGACACUCUCUCCGGAUCGCGUCACGGCUGGAAAGGACCUCCGGGAUCACCGAGUCCAACCUCUGGCAUAACCUUAAUGAAGAGACGACUUGGUUUUAUUUUCCUCAGCCUCUAAGGGCUGUUCAGGUUGGUGCGUUGCAAUGUAAAGUCGUGGAAGUAGCCGCCAAAGCUACUUAGGAUUGUAUUGAAAAUGCUGGGAGAGAAAAAGCAAUUAAUCCUGAAAAGAGACCUUUACACAGACCCCACGUUUCCGGCCAAUGAUGCCUCUAUAUUUUUUAAUUAUUGUACCCCACUUGCCCAAUUCAGAGGCGAGAUAUCUUGGUUGAGACCUACGGACAUUUGUUCUGCUCCUCGGUUAUUUUCAAACAAUCCACAGGAUGUGCAAGUGAAACAAGGGAUUUUGGGAGACUGUUGGUUCCUGUGUGCCUGUGUAGCUUUGCAGAAGAGUAAAUACCUACUAAAUAAGGUAAUCCCUCCAGGUCAGCCCAGCUGGGCAGAUGAGUCGUACCAAGGCCGUUUCACCUGUCGGGUCUGGCAGUUUGGACACUGGGUGGAAGUGACCAUCGACGAUCGCUUGCCGUGCCUCGGGGGUAAACUCUGCUUCUCCCAGUGUCAGACAGAGGAUUUGUUUUGGCUUCCCUUACUGGAAAAAGCUUAUGCAAAAGUACAUGGUUCUUACGAACAUUUGUGGGCAGGACAGGUGGCAGAUGCUUUGGUUGAUCUGACUGGAGGAAUUGCUAAAAGAUGGACCCUGAAGUGCCCUGGGAGAAACAUGGAGAAAGAGAAGACUGGCAUGGUUUUGGAGAAAGAACUGUUCAGGAGAUUAAUGAAUCUGAAGGAACAGUGUGUAAUAAGCUGCGCAGUCCUCGAUUCCAGACAAGAUGCAAGUGAACUAGGAGAAUUUCAUGCCUUUAUUGUGAUAGACAUGUUGAACCUGUCUGAAGUGUCAGGCAAGGAAAUCUUCCUACUACGAAUACGAAAUCCUUGGGGGAGGCGGUGCUGGAAAGGACCCUGGUGUGAGGGUGGUCAAGGAUGGAGCCAGCUGGAUCCAGUACUCACCUCAAAACUGCUUUCACAGAUCCAAGAGGGAGAAUUCUGGGUUGAUGAAGAAGAAUUUUUCAGGGAAUUUGAUGAAAUUACCGUGGGUUUUCCAGUCAAUGAGGAAGGACAACUUCAGAGCCUCUAUACAGAGAAAGUGCUGUGUCACUCGCAGAAUCUUUUUGGAUCCUGGGUGAGAGGCCAGACUGCAGGCGGCUGCCGUAACAACAGCAGCUUCCCCACCAACCCAAAGUUCUGGCUGAGAGUCUGUGAGAAGAGUGAGGUGUGCAUUGCUCUGCUGCAGAAACACAGCAAGUACCGUGCUGACUGGGCUGGAAGAAUUCAAAAUCUGACUCACUUAGCAGAGAAAAACCUAUCUUUGACCGAAGGCAUACAGGGGAAGAAUUACCAGGCUGUGGGAUUGCAUGUCUGGAAGGUGGAGAAGAAACGAUUUAACCUUCCAAAGACCCUCUCUGCUCCUCCAGUUGUAGGUACCCUCUGCCAUUCCUAUGAUAGAGAAGUGCAUGUGUGUUGUGACCUUUCGCCUGGGUUUUAUCUUGUUGUUCCCAGCACUUUUCUGAAAGAUGCAGUAGGGAAUUUCUUGCUUCGUGUGUUUUCAACAGGAAGGAUCUCCCUCAGUGAGCUAAAGCCACCACCCACAGAUGCUGCCCUCUGUGAAGAACUCCCAGCAGGUGAAUGGGAGACAGUGCAGCUACAUGGAUGCUGGAAAAAUGGGCAAAGUGCUGGAGGAAGCAGGAACUUCCCCUCCUUCCAUAUCAAUCCCUGCUUUCCCCUCUCCAUUCCUGCAGGACCAGGAAAAAGUAGUGUGAAAGUUACCCUCCGUCAGCACUGCCAAGACAGCAAGUGUCGCCCAAUAGGUUUCCAUAUUUUCCAGGUGCCUAACAGUAGCUGGAAGCCACAUCCUUCCUCUUUUCUACACUUGGAGCCACAGGUUAGCUGUGUGCCUCAUUGCUAUUCACAAGAAGUAAGCCAGCUUUGCAGGCUUCCUGCAGGAAGUUACAUAAUUAUACCUUCUACGUACUUGCCCAAUACAGAAGGCAGUUUUACACUGGUUAUAGCAACCAAAAUAGACAGGAAGCGCAUUCACAGCCGGGAGACACUUGGACAAGUACUGCAAGAUAUUUCAUUUACAACUGUGAUGAAGAGGUAAUCUAGAAUUGUCACACUGUCCUUUCAAGAAACCUCAAAAAGCCAAGGAAUGCUGCACCUCUUGCUGUUUUCAGUUUUAAAUGGAAUAAAAAUAAGAUAAUCUUAGCCCAGCUGUUUUUUACUGGUGCCAACUGCCAGGCCUACGAUGACUUCUUUGUAAAAAUACCUCCUUAAUCAUGUACAAUCUGAAUAUUUGUUCUUCCCGUUUUUUAGAACCAGCAUUGUACAGCAAAUCAUAACAUACCUCAGUUCUUAAAAAAUACAGGUGAAGAAUAUGUGCAUGUUUUAACACAAGAUACAAUUUUGGAAGAAAACCAGAAAACAUAGGUGCAUAACAAAAUAAUAUUUUGCAGAAAAAAAAUAAAUCAACCUUAUAAAGUAAUUUCAGGAGACCAAAAGGGUAUAUAGCAAGAGGAAAGAAACUGGAUUCUUUUUUCAGGUAGGAUAUACCUCAAGAACCAUCAAAAUACACUGGAGCAGAGAACGUCCAAGCUUGUAUCUAACACUGCCAGUCACGCUGCUGAGCACUUUUAUCAUGGGUCCUUUAUUAAAGCAUACACGUAGUGGGUUGAAAGAAAGAUAUUUUUUUUGUGUGUGAGUUUUUCUUUAAUUAACACCACAAAGGAAAAAGAUAAGACUUGAAAUCUUUUGCUCAUGAACGAUGAUGUCUGACUGCUUUUGUAAAUCUGUAAAAUGUUUUAUGCAAUAUCUGCCCUUACUGUAAGAAAGAUGAAGAGAUUUUCCUUAAUUUAUGUUUGAAAGUGUUUCUUAUUCAAGGAGGAUUUUUAGAUGUUAUAUUUUCCUCAAUAAAAAUUAACUAAUAUUGAAAAUUUAAUUUAAAGAUGUCUUUUAUUAAAAAAGUGAAAGCUGUCAA